AUGGCUGUUAGAAAUUUAAAAUCAAAACUAAGAAAAGAGAUUCAAUUAAUACUUAAAAAUAUUGAUCAAAAUAUUAUUAUGGAAGAGACAGAAAAUGUUAUUAACCAGAUUAUAAAUGAUCCAAUUUUUAAAAAUUCUAAAACAAUAUCAAUUUUUGUUUCAACGGCUGGUGAGAUAAUGACUGAUAGGUUGAUUAGGCAUUCAUUAGAAAAUAAAAAAAAGGUAUUUAUACCAUAUUUUGAGAGGAAUUCAGAAAAAAUGGAAAUGUUAUUUUUACCAUCAAUAGAUAUUUUUAAUGAGUUACCAAAAAAUUUUUAUGGUAUCCGUCAAUACAAUAAAGAAAUUAUAGAUAAAAUUUCUUCUAAUCUUUUUAAUAAUGAAAAAGUUAAUGAUAUAUCUUAUAAAACUUAUGGUCCAUUAGAUUUAUUAAUUUGUCCACUUGUUGCUGCUUCAAGAGAUGGCUGUAGAUUAGGACAUGGUAAAGGAUAUUAUGAUAAAUUUUUACAAGAACAUUUAAAUAUAUUUUCAAAAAUUCCUAUUACAUAUGGAUUAGCAUUAAAUUGUCAGGUAAAAGAAAAUAAUGAAAUUCCAAUGGAUAGUAAUGAUUACAAGUUAGAUAAAAUUUUUUAUAGUUGUUAA